UCUUGCUUCCUUGUGACGCGCUCUCUACUCAGAACAAGACCAGACGACCAUCAAUCAUGUCGACAGCUCCAUCAUCGCGUCCGUUGUUCCAGACGCAGGGUGAGAACAUGGGCCCGCCGGGAAAAGCAAUGGCUCGGGCACGACCAGACAACAGCAAUCGAGCAGUGCUGGGCGACUUGACGCCAAAUACCAAACUCGACAAGCAACUGAAACAACAGGCUGCUCGCGGUGGCAGUCCACUGAAGCGACAGGCGAACAUCUUCGACGACGGAAAAGGCUUCAGCUACAUCAAGCGUCGCCGUCUCUCACACAACAAUGCCUUGACGCGCCGCAUCACGCCGCAACCAAACCAAGACCAUCAGAAAGGCCACUCUCCCACCGAACACGACUCUCAAGAAGACGGUGACAGCGGUCGCUCAUCCCAGAACUCAAACGCUACCCGCGGCUCCUUUUCCUCCCUGAUCAACUACGAUCCUUCGUCGCAACAGCAGCUUGCACAACCGGCCGGCUCCUCGUCACGAUCAAUGUCCAUCCGCACCGCCGCCCAGACUCUACGGUUACGUCUCCGGAUCGCCAUCUACAAGGUUCGCACCAACCAGAUCAACGUGCCUUUCUCGCGCUUGCAGAUCAUGGGAAAGCAGCCUUCACGGCAACAGCAACAAGCUCAACCGCAAGCCCCUCCCUCUCCCGAUGCUCUACCAAUGGCUCCUCCACCGCUUCGGCCUUACAACGACAAGCCCCACUACGUCGCUGAAUCCCAAGGUCAAGCUCAGCAGGCUCUCCUUUCCACGCCGAACAUGUUCUCAAACCGCUUCAUGCCAUACAGCGCUCCGUCGAGCUCACCGCCCUUAGCACACGACCCCCUACCACGUAUUGCAAGAGAAGCUCAAGCACGUAUGGCUGCAGCUGCGGCCGCCGACAGAGACAGCCUGGAUUCUGAAGCCACCGAGCUGGCCGAUGAACAUGAUGAACACCCUGUUGCUGAAAGUCCACUGGACAGGUCCAGGAGACAUCACAUGCUACCACAGACUUGAGAGUGCUCUGGAGAACCUUUGAUGCUCACGAGAGUCGAUACGCGAAUACUUCUACACAUGUGUUGCUUCACUCAACCCUGUAGACUGGUCCCUCCGUUGCCUCGCUAUCAGCGGCCCUGGGCGACGCUUGCUUUGGACAUCCUGCUUUUCUGGCGUCAGGUCAUGCGCCUCCUUACUGCAGGCUACUUGGCGUUAUAUGCCUCCACGACGGUCUUCACGCAAUUGAAAACGGUGAAAGAGAAACGGAACAAAAAAUGUAUCUGGGAUACAAUGGCGUAAUUAUGAGGCUCUGUUCUGAGUUUAUGGAUGGAUCCGACUUUUUGAUAUCCGAUUUGCUGGUCACUUUUUUCUCUUUCUUGUUGUUUGAUCUUCUGUGCGAGCCAUAUGCUUUUUGCUCGCGCCACGCUUGUUAUCCUCGCUGCCUGGACAUUUAUUCACGGGCGUUGCAAUUUGUCC